CGCGCUCCGCCAGGCUGAACCGAGCGGCCGCGAGCGUUCAGGCAGCGUCUCGGACAACCCCAGCGGCCCGCACGGUGGCGGGGACCGUGUCACCCGUAUCCCAAGAUGGCGGCGGCCGCCGCGCCGGGGCCGAGGGCGCCGGGCGGGGAUGGCGGCUGCGGCUCGUCGUCGUCCUCCUCCUCCCUGUCCAUGGAGCGGAUUCAGUCACUCACCGACCUGUCGGACCUGGAGGCCGCCUACGGCCGGCUGUGUGAGGAGGAGAAAGUUGUGCAAGAGGAGCUGGAUGCUCUCUUGGAACAGCAAAGCACUAUAGAGAACAAGAUGGUUGCACUUCAUCGCAUGGGCCCUAAUUUGCAGCUCAUUGAGGGGGAUGCCCAGCAGCUGGCAGGGAUGAUCACUUUCACCUGCAACCUGGCUGAGAAUGUCAGCAGUAAAGUCCGUCAACUUGACCUUGCCAAGAAUCGACUCUAUCAGGCCAUUCAGAGAGCUGAUGACAUCCUGGACCUAAAGUUCUGCAUGGACGGAGUUCAAACUGCCCUGCGAAAUGAAGACUAUGAACAAGCAGCAGCUCAUAUCCAUCGCUAUCUGUCUCUAGAUAAAUCAGUCAUUGAGCUCAGUCGACAGGGCAAGGAAGGGGGUAUAAUUGAUGCCAACCUGAAGCUCCUGCAGGAAGCAGAGCAGCGCCUGAAGACAAUUGUCGCAGAGAAAUUUGACAUGGCUAUGAAGCAGGGAGACCUGCCUCAGGUGGAACGGUUCUUCAAGAUAUUUCCCCUGCUAGGCUUACAUGAAGAGGGGCUGAGCAAGUUCUCGGAGUACCUCUGCAAGCAGGUGGCCAACAAAGCAGAGGAGAACCUGCUGCUGGUGAUGGGGACGGACAUGAGUGACCGUCGAGCUGCUGUCAUCUUUGCAGACACCCUGACGCUCCUCUUUGAAGGGAUUGCUCGCAUUGUGGAAACGCACCAACCCAUCGUGGAGACUUACUAUGGUCCAGGGAGGCUCUACACCCUCAUCAAGCACCUGCAAGUGGAGUGUGACCGGCAGGUGGAGAAGGUGGUGGACAACUUCAUCAAACAGAGGGACUAUCACAGGCAGUUCCAGCAGGUUCAGAACAGCAUGAUAAGAAGUUCUUCUACAGAGAAGAUUGAGCCAAGGGAACUUGACCCUAUUUUAACAGAGGUAACCUUGAUGAAUGCCCGCAGUGAGCUCUACUUGAGGUUUAUCAAGAGACGAAUAGUAUCUGAUUUCGAGGUGGGAGACUCUAUGGCCUCAGAGGAGGUAAAGCAAGAGCAUCAAAAAUACCUGGACAAGCUCCUCAACAACUGCCUGCUGAGCCGCACCAUGCAAGAGCUCAUUGGCUACUACAUCACCAUGGAGGAAUACUUCAUGAGGGAGACUGUCAACAAGGCUGUUGCCAUGGACAGCUACGAGAAGGGCCAGCUCACCUCCAGCAUGGUAGAUGAUGUGUUUUAUAUAGUGAAGAAGUGUAUUGGGCGUGCUCUGUCCAGCUCCAGCAUAGACUGCCUCUGCGCCAUGAUCAACCACUCCACCACUGAGCUGGAGUCCGACUUCAGGGAGGUUCUGUACAACAAGCUGAAGCAAGGCUUCCCAGCCACCACCUUCCAGGACUUCCAGAGAGGGGUGACCAGUGCCGUGAGCAUCAUGCACAGCAGCCUGCAGCAAGGCAAGUUUGAUACCAAAGGCAUCGAAAGCACCGACGAGGCCAAGCAGUCCUUUCUGGUGACCUUAAACAAUGUUGAAGUCUGCAGUGAAAACAUCAUGACCCUAAAGAAGACCUUGGAGAGUGACUGCACCAAACUGCUUAGCCAAGGCUUUGGGGGCGAACAAGCGCAGGCCAAGAUUGACAGCUGCCUCUCUGACAUGGCCGCAGUCUCCAACAAAUUCCGUGACCUCCUGCAGGAAGGUCUCAACGAGCUGAACAGCACAGCCAUCAAACCCCAGGUGAAGCCCUGGAUCAAUCUGUUCCUCUCCGUCUCCCAUAACAUCGAGGAGGAAGAGUUCAGCGACUACGAAGCUAACGAUCCCUGGGUCCAGCAGUUCAUCGUCAAUCUGGAACAGCAGAUGACAGAGUUCAAGGCUGGACUGUCUCCAGUGAUUUAUGAUACCCUCACUGGUCUUAUGACCAGUCUCAUAGCCAUCGAAUUGGAAAAAGUACUUCUCAAAUCCACCUUCAGCAGGCUUGGCGGUCUGCAGUUUGACAAGGAGCUGAGAUCUCUCAUAGCCUAUCUCACCACAGUCACUACUUGGACUAUCCGUGACAAGUUUGCCCGUCUUUCCCAAAUGGCCACUAUCCUCAAUCUGGAAAGGGUGACGGAGAUCUUGGAUUACUGGGGCCCAAACUCAGGCCCACUCACGUGGCGCCUUACUCCUGCAGAGGUCCGGCAGGUGCUGGCUCUCCGAAUUGACUUCCGAAGCGAGGACAUCAAACGGCUGCGCCUGUAGUUGCCUUGUGUUUUCUUCAGCAUGUGAGCACCACCCUGGAUGUAAGGGCAUGAACGCUACAACCAUGGAGCCUGUCCUCAUCCUGUCCUGGGGCUAGCCAGCAGUAACAGGGUGCAGUUGCCUGGUGUUGCCUGCCAUCCUGCUCAUAUUUCUUAGAGCAAAGGGCUUUUCUUGGUCUGGGAGGAAGAGCCUUGAACUUUUUAUGGGACCAGAAAUAAGGCAGCAGAGAAAUCUCUCAUGUUGAGAGCAGUCUGACACUAAUUCUGAAAACGUACUAGUCUGAGGGACAAGCUGGUGGUAGCUUGUGACUUCCUUUUAUUCUGCUUUCCUUUGGGUGGCCACAGAGGGUCUAGGAAGUUUUGGGGCUCUUGUGGUAUGGUUCAAAUAUGGGUCUGCGCACACCCCACAUCUUGUGCUGCCCUAACACUUUUAUGGGGAGGCUGCACAAGUGCCACUAGUUUCUGGGUUAGCUACUGCAGUCCUACAAAUCCCAAGUUGUGCCUCUGCCCCUCAUGGUGGUGGGGACUGUUCUGUAGAAGAGGCAGACUGCUGUGAGAAAAGAGUGAUUUGGUUAGGGUUGGGGGGGGGGUACAGUGUUUGGGGGGGGGGGCAGGGAAUCACUAGAAAGCCUCUGUAAGAAGCUGGAUUGUGUCCCUGCCGGCUCUCUGUGGCAUGUACAGCUACCCCAUAAAUAAAUCUUGCCCAGUUGAGCAGUAA